AUGUAUACCUACACUGAGACCAACAAAUUCCUCGUGCUCCUCCCCCAAGCCCACGCUGUUGCGCCGCUGGAGCUGGGCAUGCCCUCCAAAGCCGCCGACCCCAGUGCUGAAUCCUCCAUCGACGAGAGCCAGGCCGUCGAGGCGAUCCCUGUUACGUCCAAGUCGCACCGCUCGCCCAGCACUGGUGCCAGCAUUGCGUCAGACGACAGCGCCCUGAGCUGCGGCUUUCUCAAGCUCGGUCUAUAA